AUGCGCAAGGUCACUCCGAUGGAGGCCGAGUCCUUUGACUGGUUCGUUGGUCGCUCCGCGUUCAAAUUACCGGGCCUAUUCGUCCCAAGGUUCUGGAAACCGACUCUGAUUCAAGCGAGUACGAGUGAGCCUGCAGUCCUCAACGCCGUUCUUGCCCUAAGCACGAUUCACAAAUCAGAGACGAUUGAUGAUCGGUAUACUAAUCGCCACAUGUUGGCCAAUUUGGGCCAGUUCAUGUUACUUCACUAUGGCAAAGCUAUGAAACAACUCCAGCCAGACAUCUCCACCAGCGACCAGUCAACAAUACGCGUUACCAUCAUUUCUUGUGUCGUCUUCGUCUACAUCGAGUUCCUCCGCGGCCGUAUUCAGGCGGGCUUGACACAUCUUCAUUAUGGUCUCAAGCUCAUUCAAGAGCUGCCCAGUCCGAAUCACGACUCACGUCUAAUAGACGCAGACCAUGACGUUCCUCUUCUCGACUGGGCCAUCGAGCCGCUGCUCCGUCUCUACCUUCAAGCAAUGUUGCUCGGCCAGCUUUCCGAGCCUCUUCAUCCGGCCUACUCUGGCGUAGCUUACAUAGACCUGCCCACAGCAUUUGCCUCACCCCUGCAGUCGCGCUGCUAUCUCGACCUUCUCCUUGCACGCGUGCUAUAUCUCUUCAACAGUCCGCCGCUAAACAACCCUCCUCAGCCCCUCACUAAGACCGUUCGCCAUUAUAGCGAAGCUCAGCGUAUCCAGCUGCAACUGCGCAUCUGGCUCUCCGCCAGCAACGCCACCAUGGCCAACGUCGGUAAACGCGCGACUCUCCGCGACCGUAUCACCUAUACUUCCCAACUCAACUUCUGCGCUAUGGCCACCAUUAUGGCCGCGUACCUGACGCGACCCAGCGAGAUGACCUAUGAUGCGUACACGCCCGGCUUCCUCGCCAUGCUCGAGCGCUCCAUUGGCCUCUACAAGAUGUCACAUGUCCCUGGCCUCAAAUCGGCCGUAUUGGGCAUCAAAGCCGAAUUCAAAUCAGAGCCUGUGAUCGAUAUAGGCUGGUUACCGGGCCUGUACUUCAUCGCCGUGCGCUGUCGCGUGCCACGCAUCCGCCACCAUGCCAUCGCGCUGAUACGCUCCAGUGUGCACAAAGAGGGCAUGUGGCAUGCGGAGCUGACGGCUUGCAUCGCCGCCGAGGUGGCGCGCGUCGAGGAGAUCGUGUUUUACUCCCACGUCAAGCUGCAGAGCGACUUCGAGCUCACAGAUCUGCCCGACAUAGGUGAGUUGCGUGAGCCCACCUUGCCGGAGUGGUGCCGGAUUCAGGACCUCCGUGUCAGGCUGCCGGGCGAUCCGACUGGCUCUGCGACCUUGACCUAUAGACGCAACAUGUCCGAGCACGGAGCGCUUGUGGUCGAGCAUCGAGUCUACGACCUACGAGGCAAACAGUGGACCACUGGUCUCGAUUGA